UCUUACCUCACCCAUGGUAGGAACCACUCCAGUCUCGAAGGUUACAGAGAAACAACAAUGGUUUUGAAAAUAAUUUAAACAUACACGUUUAUGUCUUACAUAAAAGAAAAUUAUUUUGAAUGUGAAAGUGUAAACUUAUCGGAAAAAAAUAUUACGCGGGAGUUACCAAAACAGUGAAAGUGUAAAAACAGUGCAAUUUUAAAAAUGUGAUGUGAAAUCAAAAUGUAGUGCAAAUUAAUGAAAAUGGCUCUAGUGCGAUCGUGUUUCUGCUGCAGCUUAGCAAUAGCGUCCGGAUUUUUUGCAGUUUAUCUUCUGAUCGCGUACCUGAUAGCCUUUGCUUUUGAGUUAUUAUGGAUUCUGGAGUCCUUGGUGGCCUUGCCUGCCGCAGCAGUCUUGUUAUGUGCAGGAUAUUUCACAAUGGCCCUGUUUGCAGCAUUGCUAAUCCACGGAUUAGCGACGAAAAAUACUCUUUGUCUCAUCGCUUGGAUGUUCUCUGUGACAAUAUUAACGUUCCCAGAAGCUGGUUUAGUCAUUUACAUGAGCAUCCAGUACUGGAGAAUCGAAACUUUAUAUGGAAUAACAGAAUUAGCGAGUUGGUUAGUCCGGAUUGUAGUAAAUGUGAUACAAUUAAUCUUAAUUCAGUCUCUCUACACGACUUGGAAAGACGAAGAAAUUCUUGAAAAGCGAUUAAGGGACUUGACUAUGGCCCCCAUUCCGAUACCACGGGAGUCCCUAGCGUCACUUAACUCGCAGUAUUACCAAAACAACGCUUAUGACAAUUGCGAGGAGAUGAGUAUGGGGCUCAAACGAGCUGCCUCCAAUCCUCAAAUUUGGAGUAACUCAAUGCCCAACAACCUGGCAACGGUUCAAUUCGACGGAUUUCAAUUCUGCACGACGCAAAGCGAAUUUAAUGCGAGCGUUUUCAUGCCAAAUUACAUCAAUAACGACAUGAGUUUAAAUAAAAAAACUCAAUCCUUGAUGGAUUUAAGGAUUCUCGACGACAGUGAAGACAAAAUAAAUUUCCCAUCGAUGAUAUCCAAGAGUAUCACAGAGACAAGCAGCGCCAUUAUCCCAAAUUUCAACGCAAGUCCCCCCAGGAUGCACAAAUACGCCUCCGUGGAUGCCCUAAAUGACUUCAACAAAUCCAGUCAUGUGAUCAAGAACCGGACUGGUUUUUACGCACAACCAAUUCCCAAUUAUGGGGUGCCAAUUUAUUAUGGCCCUUUGGACGGCCCCGAUUUUCUCAUUUAUAAAAAACAAGUCGAUAAGUUGAGUAGUAAAAACUCGUUAAGUAAUGCGUCUGCUGACGAUGUGCAGAAAUACAGAGACGUUGCUUUGUAAAUGGUGCCAUUUAAUUAUUUAAAACGUAAACGGUUGUGUAUUAGGAAAUAAAUUUUAUUUUUGUACAUACUUUAUUAAAUUUGAAUGUUUUUAA